CUUCCAACGUCACCACCCCCUUUCUCAUUUAUAAAGCACAAAAAAGCACUUUCAUCAUAUUCUAAGCACUCACUACUCUCUCACUCUAUACAAAACUUACAGAGUACUCUCUGUACAAACUAUUCUCCUCCUCCUCCUUUGUUCCCUGCAACUUAAUUGUCUCUCCAAUGGAAAGCAACCCAUUACAGCUUUUUCUUGAUCAUCUCCCCCUAACAGUACUAAUGUUAACUGUGUUUUUUUCGGUUUCGGAAGCAGCCGAUCAAGGGCAGGCCGCAUCUACAUCGAUCAAAACAGAUGCCGAGGCUCUUCUUAUGUUCAAGAAGACAAUAACACAGAAGGAUCAAAACGGAGUCCUCUCAGGGUGGCAGCUCAAUAAGGAUCCAUGCACUUGGUAUGGGGUUACAUGCAGCGGACGUCGAGCCACUCAACUCGAUCUUAGCCAGUGUGAUCUUUCUGGCCCUAUCUCUUUCUCUGCUUUGGCUUCUUUAGAUAUGUUGACUGUCCUUAACUUGUCUGCCAAUUCCUUUACUGUAAAUGCAACCUCUUUGCUACAACUCCCAUAUGGAUUGAAACAGCUACAACUGUCUUUUACUCAACUUGCAGGUCCACUUCCGGAUAAUUUUUUCGCCAAGUACACCAAUCUUGUCUAUGCAGAUCUUUCUUUCAAUAAUAUAACCGGCUCUCUACCUCAAAAUUUUUUAUUGUAUUCUGAUAAACUGCAGUUUCUUGAUCUCUCUUUUAACAACAUAACUGGACCGAUUUCGACUAUGAAAAUCGAGACCUGCAAUUCUUUGAUGCACCUCGAUGUCUCUGGAAACCAAAUCACGGGUUCCAUUCCUUUCUCCCUCUCCAACUGCACGACUCUGCAAAAUCUAGACUUGUCACACAAUUCACUCACGGGCGACAUCCCACAAUCUUUGGGGAAUCUCAACAGCUUGAAAACGUUGGAUUUUUCUCAUAAUCAUCUCACUGGUUGGAUUCCCACAGAAUUCGGCAAGGCGUGUGCCUCCCUUGAAGAACUCAAGCUUUCUGAUAACAACAUUACAGGUUCAAUUCCCAUCUCCUUUUCGUCGUGCUCUUCCCUCCAACUUCUUGAUCUGACCAACAACAAUUUAACCGGUCCCUUUCCUGAUUCUAUCCUUCAGAAUCUAGGAUCAUUAGAGAGCUUGCUAUUGAGCAAUAACAGGAUCUCUGGAGCAUUUCCCGCUUCCAUUUCAUCUUGCAAGAAAUUGGUAGCAGUGGAUUUCAGCUCCAAUCAGCUCACUGGGACCAUCCCACCAGAUAUAUGUCCAGGGGCUGCUUCACUUGAAGAGCUGAGAGUCUCCGAUAAUUCUCUAACUGGACAAAUCCCAGCUGAAUUGUCCCUGUGUUCGCAGCUAAAGAAGAUUGAUUUCAGCAUAAACUACCUCAAUGGAUCGAUUCCACCUGAAAUUGGAAAGCUACAGAAUCUCGAGCAGCUCAUAGUCUGGUACAAUGGCUUGGAAGGGAAAAUACCGGCGGAGUUGGGAAAAUGCCGGAACCUGAAGGAUCUCAUUCUCAACAAUAACUACCUAAGUGGUGAAAUCCCAACUGAGUUAUUCAGCUGCACCAAUCUUGAAUGGAUAUCACUCACAAGCAAUGCACUUACUGGCAAAAUCCCACCAGAGUUUGGCCUCUUGACAAGGCUGGCUGUCCUGCAACUCGGAAACAAUAGCUUGAGUGGUCAGAUACCGAAAGAGCUAGCAAAUUGCAGCAGCUUGGUUUGGUUAGACGUGAGCAGCAACCGGCUUACUGGGGAGAUCCCACCUCGACUUGGCAGGCAGCCUGGAGCAAAACCGUUGAGUGGAAUUCUCUCUGGCAACACUUUGGUGUUUGUGCGGAAUGUGGGAAAUUCAUGUAAAGGAAUUGGAGGCUUACUGGAAUUUGCUGGAAUCCGACCUGAAAGGUUGCAACAGGUGCCGACACUGAAAAGUUGUGAUUUCACUAGACUAUAUUCUGGUGCAAUCCUGAGUGCCUUCACACAGUAUCAGACUCUGGAGUAUCUUGAUAUUUCUUACAAUGAGCUUCGCGGCAAAAUACCAGACGAAUUUGGCGAAAUGAUUGCUUUACAGGUUCUUGUAUUAGCCCAUAACCAGCUAUCUGGAGAGAUUCCCUGGUCACUUGGCCAGCUGAAGAAUCUUGGUGUAUUUGACGCGUCACACAACAGAUUGCAGGGGCAUAUCCCGGACUCAUUCUCCAACCUGUCAUUCUUGGUACAAAUUGAUCUUUCCAGUAAUGAACUAACAGGGGAAAUCCCAACUAGGGGGCAACUCAGUACACUUCCUGCAAGCCAAUAUGCAAACAAUCCAGGACUUUGUGGGGUUCCAUUGCCUGAAUGCCAGUAUGGAAGUAGCCAACCAUCAACAAGUGCAGGAGGAGAUGAUGGUAAAGGAGGCCGCAGAGCUGCAGCUGUAUCCUGGACUAAUAAGACUGUCUUGGGGGUUCUCAUUUCCAUUGCUACGGUCUGCAUUUUGAUUUUGUGGGCAAUUGCAGUGCGUGCGAGACGGAAAGAGGCAGAGGAAGUCAAAAUGCUUAAUAGCUUGCAAGGUUGCCGUGCGACCACAACAUGGAAGAUUGACAGGGAAAAAGAGCCAUUGAGCAUUAAUGUGGCUACUUUCCAGAGGCAGCUGAGGAAGCUCAAGUUCUCACAAUUGAUUGAGGCUACCAAUGGGUUUUCAGCAGAAAGCCUUAUUGGGAGUGGUGGGUUUGGAGAAGUAUUCAAGGCAACAUUGAAGGAUGGCUCAAGUGUUGCAAUCAAGAAGCUCAUACAACUGAGCUGCCAAGGUGACCGAGAAUUCAUGGCCGAAAUGGAAACUUUAGGGAAGAUCAAGCAUAAGAAUCUUGUGCCUCUAUUGGGUUACUGCAAAGUCGGUGAAGAGAGGCUCCUCGUGUAUGAAUUCAUGGAAUAUGGAAGCCUGGAAGAAAUGCUUCAUGGAAAAACAAGGACCGGAGACAAGAGAAUUCUGACUUGGGAGGAAAGGAAAAAUAUUGCAAGAGGUGCAGGGAAAGGACUCUGUUUCCUACACCACAAUUGCAUCCCACACAUCAUCCACCGAGACAUGAAGUCGAGCAAUGUGCUACUAGACCAUGAAAUGGAAGCGAGGGUCUCUGACUUUGGAAUGGCAAGGCUAAUAAGUGCACUUGACACGCAUCUAAGUGUUAGCACACUUGCAGGAACACCCGGGUACGUUCCACCAGAGUACUACCAAAGCUUCCGGUGCACUGCAAAGGGAGAUGUCUAUUCUUUCGGGGUGAUCCUCUUAGAACUCUUGACGGGAAGACGGCCAACGGAUAAGGAGGAUUUCGGGGACACCAACUUGGUGGGAUGGGUGAAAAUGAAGGUGAGGGAAGGAAAAGGGAUGGAAGUGAUAGACCCAGCGUUGCUUUCUGUGAGUAAAGGAACCAACGAGGCGGAGGCAGAAGAAGUCAAAGAAAUGGUGAGGUAUCUGGAGAUAACGCUACAAUGUGUGGAAGACUUGCCGUCCAGGAGGCCUAACAUGUUGCAGGCGGUGGCCAUGUUGAGACAGCUUAUGCCAGGAACUGGCAGUGAGAGCAACAGUACUUGAAAAACAGAGUUUUGGUUUUAUUGAUCAUGAUUAGUGUAAGAAGAAAAGAGUUUGUAAGAUUUGUUCAUAACUAAGCUAUUGAGGAGUUGAUUGUAUUUACUCUGCACCUCUUUCACUUUGUU